UCGUGGGGCUCUGGCGAGCGAUGUCGUGGAGUGGUGAGAAGGUAGGAAAGUGUUGUCGUGACGGCGGCAAUGGGGGUACUGGACGAGGUUGUUGAUGUCCUCACUGACCAUAUCAAUUAGUGCACUUCGGAGUCCAGAAGACAUAAUGUUCACUUAUUGUACAAGCACUUGAACGCUGAGCAGCCACCAACACUCUGAUUGACAUCACACAUGGCUGCAUGUCCAUGGUACGGAAAUAUAACACCGCUGGCACAGCGCCAGGUCUGACACUGACAUUGACAACUACACAUACCCAUCCCUGCAUCAAUUUUCGUCCUGCGUCUGUAUUGACUGCCCUGCGUGCACCGUGCAACGCGACCAGAACACUUGUCAUUCUUACUUCGUGCCGUCCCGCUUACGACUACGAUCUUCCCGGCGCAGUGAUCGAGACACAUUCCCAGUUGGGGGAAUGGAAAGUCCCGCCAUGGCAAGCAGCAGCUGCGCGAGCUUACACACUGGGCUCUGAGGACAUGUUGCGAAGUGGUGGAGAUGUGCUGGCGACGCGGGUGCAAGUAAAUGGGGACGGAGCUGACUUUGGCACCACGUGGGUUAUCUGCGUGGAUGCAAGUAUCCGUGUGUGUGUACGUGUGUGUGUUUGAGCGUUCUCGCCACCGUGGACAUGCGGUGACUUCCGACUUGAACCGGGAUUUUGGAGGCGAGAUCGGGGAAUGUUGGGGGCUGUAUGAAUUAUUGGGUCAUCGUGGA